CCCGCGCAGGCACCGCCGCGGACAGCCCGCCGCGGACCUUCCCCCGGGGUCCUCGCGCGCCGGAAGUCCUCGCGCUCGGCCUUUUCCGUCUGGACUGGAGGCAGGCGGCUGCGAGCGGCCGGCGUGCUCCGAUCGGUCGGAGCUAACCGCUGCCAGGCGGGCUGCCGCGGCCCGGCGUACGCCCCAGUCGAGCGAAGAUGGUGGGCCGGAACAGCGCCAUCGCCGCGGGCGUGUGCGGUGCCCUCUUCAUCGGGUACUGCAUCUACUUCGACCGCAAAAGGCGGAGUGACCCCAACUUCAAGAACAGGCUUCGAGAACGAAGAAAGAAACAGAAGCUUGCUAAGGAGAGAGCUGGGCUUUCCAAGUUACCUGAUUUAAAAGAUGCUGAAGCAGUUCAGAAAUUCUUCCUUGAAGAGAUACAGCUUGGUGAAGAGUUACUAGCACAAGGUGACUACGAGAAGGGUGUGGACCACCUGACAAAUGCCAUUGCUGUGUGUGGACAGCCUCAGCAGCUGCUGCAAGUGUUACAGCAGACUCUUCCGCCACCAGUGUUCCAGAUGCUUCUGACCAAGCUUCCGACCAUUAGUCAGAGAAUUGUAAGUGCUCAGAGCUUGGCUGAAGAUGAUGUGGAAUGAGCCAGAUACCAACAAGAUAAAAUCUCAGUAAAAUAAUUUAACAGUUAGCUUGGAAGCUGGUCAGCUCUGGGGGAUUAAGGGCAAAUUAUGCUGUCAUGAACUGUCCCACACUGACGUCUGCCAAAGCGAAUAUGAACUUUGGUAGAUCCAUUGUCUGUUCUAUUUAUUUUUCCAGUGAAAAGUAUUUUGAUAGAGCUUUUCAUUUUAUAAAUACACUGAGUUAACCAAAUAUCAUGGAUUUCCGUUUGUUCUUAAGACAUGCAAUUCAAAUGUAAAUACAGUAGAGUAUUACUUAGGUAGAAACUCGUGGUGAUUUUAAGAUUGGAAAAGAAUCUGAGGAAGAGUUGAAUAACACACAUUCUAAAGACUAGAACAUUUUAUUGUAUGUUGUAAAAUUGGGUAGAAAUUUGUGUUUGUGAAAACUGAGCAUUAAAACCUUACAGAGACCGUUUCUCGUUUACUUAAGAAAAUGUGCGGUGUGUUGUCUGUUGUUAAUUCCAUUCCCUCCGUGUGUUUCCUUAAAAGCUUCUGUCUAUUAGUGGCUUCCUGUGCUCUGGGCACUUAACUCCUAAUCUUUCAAACACCGGGAUGCAAACAGCACAGGGAUUAGACCUGUGUGCACCCUGACCUGGAGGGUGAGCUUUGCCUGCUGUCUGCUCGCUUGGCUCUUUAUACAGACUGAGGCUCAGUCUGCCUGCCCGUCUCUGGGGUGUUCCAUCUCAGCAUUAGGUCAGUUGGUUCUGUUGAGUGUCUUCAGGUCCACCUCCAGCUGGUGAUUAUUUCAGAAUAACCAGACCUUGUACUUGUUUAUAUUCUGAAUUUGCAUGUUUGCCUGACUUAGUAUUUCUCAAUUAAAACCUCUUAAGUGGAGUAAUUUCUUUGUCAGUUGCUACUGAUGUGAAGUGAUUCUGUUACUGUUGUGUAAAUUAACCAGAAACUCAUCCUUAAGGAAGCUGGGGUGGUCUUCUUGUGCAAGUGUUUUUGCUUUUAACAGAAUUAUCUCUUCAGUUCUACUAUGGAUUGAUUAAUUUAUCUUACACAGUGACAGCGGCGUGCCAUCUUGACGGGAGAUCUUGUGGUCUGCUACUAUCUGUUCACCAAGCAGCAUUCUCACAGGACAGCUCACUUGCAUCAGUGCUGUAGACUUGUUUGCUUGGCUGUCCUCACCUUUGCCUGGGUCAGUGUAGUGGGAAGAAUCUGGAAAUGGAGGUUUAGUUAGCUUCUUUCUGCCUGUUUGGUGUUUGGAUAACAGCUUUGGACAACUCCAUUCACUCAAGAGCCUUUCUCUAAUGUUUGCUGGUGGAAUGCCAGACGUGGAGAGGCACACAUUUGAGACCUCUUCCAUGAGUCCUUCUAGGCCUUUUGAUCCCAAGUCCUUAAACACUACGUUCUUGGUAGGUAAUGCAUGUUUUGGGGAAUGAUGCUACAAAUAUGCCAGUUGCAUUUUGCUGGUAGAAUCUUUAGUCCCAAGCAUCAUAAUGGUGACUUGUCUGAGAUUGACAUCACUGUAGAGUCCUAUGCAGCCCAGACGUGGAGAAGACCACAGGGCACUGCUUACAGAGGUACUCUGCAGUGUGCACUGGAUGCCCUGGCCCUGGAAGUUGCAGAGGUGGAGAUGCUGUUUUACUUUGAGGCUGAUUAAGCCAAGUUUGUUUGCACGAAGGACAGAUGUGGGGCUUUGGCACUGUCACUUGUGAACACUAGAUGCUUGUUUUGGUUGCGACAACUACUUUCCUUCAUAGAAACAAAUGUUGCACCCCAGCUCACCUGAAGUUAAAUAGAUGGAAGCAGAACACUAGAUGCUUGUUUUGGUUGCGACAACUACUUUCCUUCAUAGAAACAAAUGUUGCACCCCAGCUCACCUGAAGUUAAAUAGAUGGAAGCAGAAAGCGUUGGUGCUGGUCAGCAAGGCCAGAAGGCAAGAUUAACACCCAACUGAGAUAAAAGCAGUUUUAAGUGUUGCCAUGGGAAGUCUGGAGAGGGAAUACAUGUUAGGGCAUGUUGGCAUGCUGCCUUGGGUGCCACUGUCUUAACUGAAAACAUUUUAGCCAGCUGCCUGGAAAGAUGUAAACAGCCCCAGUAGUGCACACUGAGGCCAAGUCCAGGUGCUGUGUUCCUGCAUCUCUGUCCAGCAGGUUAGGUGUGCAUACCACCAUGCACCUGUGACCUUGAACCAGCCUGCAAACCAGAGUGCUGAUGUACUGUCAUGGAAGUGGUGUGGCUGGUGCCAGACAAAUCCAUUCUUCUCACGUCAGAAAAUGAAGUGUUCAUUGCCUGUGCCUCAGCUGUAUUAAAGGGAUUGGAGAACAUCUGGCUUGGUGUGUAUUUGCAGAACUGAAUGCUGUUGAUUUUGGUGACUACUUAGAAAGGACACCGCAUUUUAGGUUAACACCCUAAGGCCCUCUCCCAUCUCACCCCUUUAGUAAACAAAAGCCUGUUUACUGCCCAGUAUGGAAAGUAUUUUAGGUUCUAAGUUAGGCCCUUCUUCCUUGAUCCCAGGAGGUGAGAGAAUAGCAGUGUCUGCUGUGGGUUUGGUGUCUGGGAUGUGAAUUCUAAGUGGGUGAAGUGGCCACCAAUAGGAAAGGGAGAAACUUGAUGACAGUGACUCAGCACUUUUGAAAUGUUCAAGAUUUUAAAUUUGUUACAAUCCACAGUUACACUAAGCAGUUUCCAUGUUUUGGGAGUAAGGUAAUUUUACCCUUACCCAAUCAAUACAGGACAGGUUACCCUCUCCCUGGUGUGUGUAAGACACAACUAAAGCUACAAUUGAAGGCUUUGGAGAAUUAACCAUUUAACGUGCUUACUACUUUAGUCUACCCACAGGAUGAGGCUACAUGCAAAAACUGCCCAAGUCAAAUAGUUUUGUCAAGUUAAGUAAGGGGCUGGAAGGUGAAAAGUUGACCCUAGAGAAUGCUUCAGCUACCCUUUGGGGCAGGUAGCCCUGGCCCCUGUGUGCAGGUGUGCUGUAGGCAUUGUGGAGACAGGGGUUGGGGGGGGGGGUGUGCCUGCUGUACUUGACUGAAGUGUAAAGCUUUGGUAAGGAUUUGGCCUCUAGCAGUCUUAGGUUUCUGCAUUUACCACGGUGACACAGCCCCUACAGGGCUGACUAGGAACAGCACAUCCUGUGCUGUUGAAGCUGUCCACAUCUCAUUCCUAAAGGUCCUCUCUCUCUUGUCAAUCAGGGCUCCACGGACAGCAAAACAUUCCCUCACCCCUUUUCAGUUUCCUUGAUGUGACUUACCUCUUUUUGUUUAUUUCUUUUGAGACAGGGUUUUUCUGUGUAUUUAUAGCUGUCCUGGAAUUGUUCUGUAGACCAGGCUGGCCUGAAAGUUGCCUCCUGCCUCUGUCCGCCCCCCAAACCCUGGGUUUAAAGGUAUACACCACUACUAACUGUUGAGGCUCAGUCUCCUAAGAGCUGGGAUUUCUGGAAUGUAUCAGUAUGCCCAUUUUAGGACCCACCUUUUGGAUUAAGGAAUAUCGCAGGAAUUAGAACAUAGUCUUAGUAGAACAGCUCCCUUCUGACUCUGCUUAUCACUGAUAAGGAAGACGUCAAGGCUGGGUUGUGAGUUUGAGGCCAGUCUUGGGCACACAGUUCUAAGCCAUCUUUGGACCCCGUGGAGACUGGAAGGUUCAGGAUUUGAAUUAGGAAGGGUAAACUGACAAGAUUAAAAUCAUGGAGGGUGGGGGCUGGGAAGUUUUUUGUUUGAUGCUUUUCAUAUAUCUUAAGCUGGCCUUGAACUCUUGAUCUUCAUGUCUUAAUCCAUGGAGUACUGGAUUUACAGGUCUGCUAUGCCUAGCUACUUAUUUAUUUAGGACAGGGUCUCACUAUGUAGCUUUAGCUGGCCCAGAACUCAAAGAUCCAGCUGCCUUCGUUUUCCAGCCCUCACAGGACCAAACAGGAACUCAGUUGUUCCCACCUUCAUUCCUCAGUAGUGUUAGUAUCAGGAUUAGAUCCUAUCAGGGUGAUGAUGGAUGCUCUAAUUCCCAAGUACUGGGACCACAGGCAUUUGCCUCCAUGUUUGUUUUUCAAGAGUUUUUAUUUAUGUUUCUGACUUGAAUUUCAUAGGAAACUGUUGGAAAGUUUUAGCUUGGUGUUAAGGCAGAGUUUCCAGCACUUUCUGAAAUGACCCUAAACACUGCUUCCAUGUUAUACUGUGUUUAUGUAAAGCAGUGUUCUCUGCAUCAACUAUGAAGUUGAAAUAUCAGCCAGCUCUAAAUAAUGCUGAUGGCGCUCUGCAGCUUACAGGAUCAAAUGCUCACCCAAAAUUGUUAUGUAAAAAGCACACCCAUUUCUUCUUCCAUAUGCACCUUGGCAUUUCAAAUAAACACCUUCAUGAUUUAUUACUGAUAA